AUGGCUUGCAGCACCCUACGGUCUGGGAUGGCCACUCUGGCUGCCAUUGCCACGACGGUGAUGCUCUUGCCCGCCACCAACGCCGCCGUCAUCAGCAAGAUCGACGCGGUGCCAGCAGGCUGGACAGUCGCCAGCAGCUCGGCCGCGGGCAAGACGUUCAAGACGGAGAACACCGACACCGGCGCUUCGGCUGACACGCAUGUGUUCACCAUUGCCCUCAACCUGCAAAACAUUGACCAGCUCGAGUCCCGCCUGCUGGCCGUGUCGACGCCUGGCCACGCCAGCUACGGCCAGUUUGUGGAUGUCGACGGCAUCACGGCGACCUUUGGCCCCUCGGCCGACGCCGUGUCGGCCGUGACCAGCUGGCUCGAGUCGAGCGGCGUGGUCAAGAGCUACGUCGUGCGGGACGGCUACGUGGAUCUCGCGACGGACGUGGCUGGUGCCAACAAGCUGUUUGGCGCCGACUACCAGUACUACACGCCGCCCUCCACCGCGUCGACGACGGCGGCGGCCACCUCGACGAAGCUGCGCACGCUGUCGUACUCGGUGCCCGACGACAUUGCCGCGCACGUCGCGCUUGUCGACCCGGGCAACUACUUUGGCGGCGCGCGGCCGUUUGCGCCGCGUCUGGGCGACAUGCAGUUUGGCGAGCGCGCGGUGGCCACGCCGGACAAGGUCAAAAAUCCCAGAAAGGGCGCCACCAAGACGGCGAUUGACGCCGCCUGCCAGACGUCCAUUACGCCCGCCUGCCUCAAGCAGCUGUACCAGGUCGGCGACUACGCGGCGGACGCCAGCUCAGGCAGCCGCAUUGGCUUCGGCAGCUUCCUGGGCCAGUCGGCCCUGUACGAGGAUCUGGCCGACUAUCUCAAGCUGAACGGCCUGCCCGCGCAGAACUUUUCCGUCGAGCUCAUCAACAACGGCACCAACGACCAGAACCCGACCACGGCGCAGAUUGGCGAGGCCGACCUCGACGCCCAGAACAUUGUCGGCGUCGCCCACCCGCUGCCCGUCGUCGAGUACAUCACGGGCGGCAGCCCCCCCUUUGUGCCCAACAUUGACCAGCCCACGCCCGCCAACAACAGCAACGAGCCGUACCUGCCGUACUACCGCUACCUGCUCUCCAAGACCAACGCGGAGCUGCCCCAGGUCAUUUCCAACUCGUACGGCGACGAGGAGGACUCCGUGCCCUACAACUACGCCGUGCACACGUGCAACCUGAUUGGCCUGCUGGGCCUGCGCGGCAUCACCGUCAUCGAGUCGUCGGGCGACCUGGGUGUCGGCGCCGGCUGUCUGGCGCCGGACUACAAGACGCCCGAGUUCAACGCCAUCUUCCCGGCCACGUGCCCGUACUUGACGUCGGUCGGCGGCACCGUGGACGUCACGCCUGAGAUUGCCUGGGACGGCUCGUCCGGCGGCUUCAGCAGCUACUUCCCGCGCCCGGCCUGGCAGGCGCUCGCCGUCGGCGCCUACCUGGCGGAGCACGUGUCCGCGAGCACCUACGAGUACUACGGCCACUACACCAACUGGCACGGCCGCGGGUUCCCCGACGUGUCGGCGCACAGCGUCAGCCCAGACUACCAGAUUGUGUACGCCGGCACGCCCGGCCCCUCGGGCGGCACCAGCGCGGCCGCGCCCGUGUGGGCGGCCAUUGUGGGUCUGCUCAACGACGCGCGCCUGCGCAAGGGCCUGCCGACGCUCGGCUGGCUCAACCCGCUGCUGUACACCUUUGGUCCGCAGGUGCUGACGGACAUUACGGCCGGCCAGGCCGUCGGCUGCAACGGCCAGAACACGCAGAGCGGCGGCGCCGAGCCGGCCGGUUCGGGCGUGAUCCCGGGCGCCUUUUGGAACGCGACGACCGGCUGGGACCCCGUGACGGGCUAUGGCACGCCCAACUUUGGCAAGCUGCUGUCGCUGGUGACGGGGUUCUAG